UAUGUUGUUAAUCUAUGAUCCAUGUUUCAAAAUACAAAUGUGUAAAUCAACCACAAGUUUCUUGACUGACCUUGAUAGUGAUUAUAUAUUAAUUGUAAUUUUCAAGAAUUAAACUGAAACACGACGGAUUGUCUAUAUUGCCUUUUUUAUAGAAUAAUUUAGUUUUGUUAUAUUGCCCUUUUAGAUGUUUGAUAUUUGAUAACAUAACCAAUAAGAGGCUACUAGAGUGUGAAACAAUAUUUGUUUCAUUUUUCUCAUGGGCUUUAUCGAUGAUGAAUUACAAGAAAUAUCAAAACUUUGCCAGAAUGUUGUUGAUAGUAGUCGCCUCGUUUCUUGUGUACGCACGAUGGUGCGAGUGGAAAUAACAAAAACAAAGUUCAAAACAAUUGUCGCGUGCAUCCAAUUUUCUAAAGACUAUCCCUAUACUCCAUUAUUAAUUGAAUUGAAAAGCAAAACUCUAUCUAUGAAAUUGCUUGAUGGUUUAACAGAAGUCUGUGAAAAGGAAUGCAAAAAAUUAUUAGGAAAAGCACAGGUGUUGCCAAUAUUAAAAUUCAUUCGUAACUUUAUUGAUGAAAAUCCUUUAAUUUGUUGCUACGAUGAAAUCUCAGCCAUAAAAAAUAUCUUAGAAAAUAAUGAUGAAUUAAAAUUGAAACAGAAACAUUCGUGUAUUGGUUUGAAGGUCCAACAAGGAUUAUAUUAUUUUAAAGCUAAAAUUGAAGUACCAGAUAAUUAUCCAGUUGCUUGUGUAAAAUUGGAAGAUGCAGAUACAAAUUUUCCUUCAUUGUUUACACGUCACUUCAUUGGUCAAGGAAAAGAAUUAGCUAGACAAUGUGUAGAACCACCACUUAACAAAAAACAACAAAUACCUUUUACACCUUCACCAUCUUUAAAAGUUGUUACUACUUUCCUUAUAAAGUGUGUAAAAACAUUACCACAAGAAUGUUGUCAAUCAUGCAGACAAAUAUGUUUGCCAGCCAAUCCAGAAAAUGCAGAAAUAAACGAAACUGCAGAUAUGCAUGUAGAAAGACUUUAUUGUGGACAUUUGUUUCAUUUACAAUGUCUUGUAACAUUCAUGAAGACUCCUCCAUUCCAUGGGGGUAAAAAAUGUCCAACUUGUGGACAACGUAUUUAUCAUGAAAAAUGGGGAGUAAGCGAUAAACUUGCGGAAGAACGUUGGGCACAUCAACAAGCCCGAGCAAGAGAAUUAGCAGAGGUAGAAGAUUUCUUCAAUUGAAAUUGAUAAUUUUAUUGAAUCAUAUCUCGAUAAAUGAUAUUCCUACAUGAAAUGCAAUAUCGUAACAAUCCAUUAUUAUGGACAAGAGUUUAAAAGAAAAAAAAAAAAAAGUAAGACAGAAGUGUAGGAAAAUAUCAAAUUUUGUAAAAUAUUAUUUAUAAUUCUACGCGUUUUUUAACAUUCGCGAUCGAAUGUAUGUAGGCCAGUUAGGAGAAGGUAUUUUUAAUACCGUAUAAUCUCUAUUAUAAUAUACACCAAACGAUUUAUAUUUAUAUUACACUUUAUAAUAACUUUCCUUAAUAUGGUGCUAUUACUUUAAACUAUUCAUUUUUUAUUGAAUUAAUAUUUAAAAAUUUCGUAAUAAGAUUUUGACUAAAAAAUUCAUUUAAUAAUUUUUUAUAAUUCUCUAUGAAUAAUGUAAACAAAAAUUUACGUGUUUAAUAAUUUUUAUAUUGUGUAUUUGAAUUUGUAUUUCGAAAUAAUUAUAGGAUAGUAAAUUCAAAUUAAAUAUUUAUAUCUAAUUAAGAUACUUGAGAAGACUAACUCGAUCGAAAAAAAAGUGUUAAUUUAUCGUGUGUUAAAGUACUCACACAAUUUAGUUAUCAAGUGCCUUUUCAUAUUUUAUUAUUAUAAGAAUAUUGGAUAUUGCUUGUAGAGUAUUGUGAAGUGCGUUUUACGAUUUUGUUCUCAAUAUCGUUUGAUAUUGAAUUGAAUUAAAUUGAAUUAAAUCAAAUUAUUGAAUUAAUUAUGACUAAAAAAGUAUAAUACAAUUUUUUAAUGAUAAUAUCAAUUUUUUAUCUUUAAAAAUCUCCCAAUUUUUUGAUCGAAUAUUCAUGUAAAAAUAUAUUAUUCAACACAUUGACUGCAGCGCCAUUUACGUGGCAAAAUCGGUCGAUAAUAUCGAAAGCGAUAGAUAUUGCUUUUAUCUAAUGAUAAAUUUUAAAAAAAUUUACAAAGUUGCAUAUAACAAAAA